AUGGGCUCAACCAUGAUGCCUCAAGCAGCUCAACAAAAUAUUGUCUUCAGCAACACCAACUUUGCUCAGCAAAAGUUGGGCUGGUACCAAGCAGUGGCUCCCGCAUCUCCUGUCUGCUCUAGACCCGGCUCAUCUUGCUCCCAGCCGCCAACCCUCUUCAGCAACGGUCCGGCCGUCUUGACCCCCACGGGAUCGCAUCCACCAAACGGCGGCUUCAAACCCUCCAUCAUGUUGGACUCGGAAUUUGGUGAAAACUCGUACUUUCCCUCGACACCUCCGCUGUCCACCUCUGGCAGUGCCGUUGGCAGUCCCAAGAGCUGUGAUGUUCUCCAGACGCCAUUGAACCCAAUGUUCUCUGGCCUAGACGGUUUCGUCACUGAAAAGUCUGGAUUUGAUUCAAUCGAGAGCUCAAUCCUAGAUUGGGCCAGUUGUGACUCACCUCCCAUGACACCUGUUUUCGUUCAGUCUCAGCCGUCCAGGGUUCCCUCGCUUAGCAGCACCACAAGCGACCUGUCAAACAUUUCAUGCCCAUCUCUGUCGCCAUCACCUGCACCAUAUGCCAGAUCCGUCUCCUCUGAAAACGACGUCGACUUUUGCGAUCCUCGCAACCUGACAGUCUCUGCUACUUCCCAUUCAAGUCUCAUCCCAGAAUUCACCCUCAGCUGUCUUGGUGAGGAGGAGGGGAGUUCUCCGGAGCAGAGUGCUUUUAACGCAUCUGUCUCCCAACCCGCAUUUGACUUUAGCCCCUCCAUUACCAGUGGCUUGCCAGCUUUUGGGGAGCUCUCCGACUUCGAUUCUGAGGACGAUCUGUGCAAUUUGGUCAAAUCGGGUGAAGUGUCCAGACCCCGCGCAUGCACCGGCUCGUCCGUUCUUUCCUUGGGUCACGGCAGCUUCAUCGGCGAAGAGGACUUGAGCUUCGACGGGGAAGAUAGGUUGCACUUCCCGUCUCCUACCCCACCUUCGAGCGUGGAAUCUGUCGACAGCCACAAGGACAAGCGCCAGAAGAAGAACAAAAGCAACAAGAAGGAGCGCCGAGGUGUGCAGGCAGUCAUGAACACGGCUGCCUCUGCUGCUGCUGCUGCUGCUGCUGCUGAUGACCAGGCUGCUGAAGUUGAGCAGUCAGACCAGACCUCUCCAGUGCCUUCCGAGUCUCAUUCCUCAGCAGAAGCCGAUACCCCAUCUGCUUCACUGCCAGCUCCCACCAACCGACGCGGUCGCAAGCAAUCGCUGACGGAGGAUCCCUCCAAGACAUUCGUCUGUGAGUUGUGCAACCGAAGAUUCCGUCGUCAAGAACACUUGAAGCGUCACUAUCGAUCCCUGCACACGCAGGAGAAGCCAUUCGAAUGCCAUGAAUGCGGCAAGAAAUUCUCUCGAAGCGACAACCUGGCUCAACACUCCCGCACUCAUGCCAGCGGCGGCGCCAUUGUCAUGAACCUCAUCGACAAUGCUGAAACCUCCGCAUAUGAUGCCGGCAUGGUCGCUCCCCCGUCAGUAGAUGACUAUGCCAACUACGGCAAGGUCCUCUUUCAGGUCGCUUCUGAGGUUCCUGGGAGCGCAAGUGAGCUAUCAUCCGAAGAGGCUAGCGACAGUGGCAAGAAGAAGCGAAAGCGUUCGGAUUAA